AUGGUGAAGCUGGCAGCCAAAUGCAUCCUGGCAGGAGACCCAGCAGUGGGCAAGAGCACCCUGGCCCAGAUCUUCCGCAGUGACGGAGCCCAUUUCCAGAAGAGCUAUACACUGACAACAGGAAUGGAUUUGGUGGUAAAGACAGUGCCAGUUCCUGACACAGGAGACAGUGUGGAACUCUUCAUUUUUGACUCUGCUGGCAAGGAGCUGUUUUCGGAAAUGCUGGAUAAAUUGUGGGAGAGUCCCAACGUCUUCUGUCUCGUCUAUGAUGUGACCAAUGAACAGUGCUUCAACAACUGCAGCAAGUGGCUGGAGAAGGCUCGGUCACAGGCUCCAGGCAUCUGUCUCCCACGUGUUUUAGUUGGGAACAAGACAGACCUGGUCGGCAGACAAUAAGUGGACUCCGCUGAGGUCCGGGCGUGGGCGCUGGGCCAGGGCCUUGAAUGCUUUGAAACAUCCCUGAAGGAGAUGGAAAACUUUGAAGGCCCUUUCCACUGCCUGGACAAGCAUUUCCAACAGCUGUACCGGGAGAAGAUGGAGGUUUUCUGGGCACUGGUGUAAAGGCUAGAGCAGAUCGUGCCGUGCGACCAGAGAAGACAGAAUUACCUCUGCACUGUUAAUAUAUAAUGAUGGCUUUAAAUAAUAUUAGAGAAAAUGU